GAUGAUGGAAGUGGAGAUGCCAAUCGUCUGCACUUUGAUGAUUGGUCGAACGAUUUGGCCAAGGACGUGAUGUCGAUUCAAGAAGAGCUCGAGGCUUUUGGUGAGAAGAUGCCGGAGCGAAAGCCCCUCAACUCUCAGUCGAAACUAUUUCCCAAGGGCUCUAAGAAGAGGAAACUCCGUGCGGUUUCGAAGUUGGAAGCGAUUGAAUCGGGAGAUGAGGAGGAGGAAGAAGAGGAAGAAGGUGUGGAAUGA